UGGCCGUAGUUUUUAAGUAUAAAAUAUCUCAAAAUAGUGUUAAUAUGAAUUAUUUAUAUUUAUUUAUCGUACUUUUCGCUUGUUUUCAAUACAACGAAUGCUAUUUCAUAACUGUAGAUGCACACGCUGAAGAAUGUUUUUUCGACAAAGUAGAAGCUGGCACAAUGAUGGGUUUAAUGUUUGAAAUCGCUGAAGGAGGCUUUUUAGACAUCGAUGUCCAUAUAACAGAUCCUGAAGGUGCUGUGAUUUAUCAAGGUGAAAGGGAAACUUCGGGAAAAUACACAUUUUCAGCACAGAAAACUGGAGUUUAUACAUACUGUUUUGGUAACAAAAUGUCCACAAUGACUCCAAAGGUAGUUAUGUUUAAUAUGGAGAUUGGAGAACCUCCUAAAGGUACAUCAGGUGCUGUAAACGAAGGAGAAGCAGGGCAUUCUAAAUUAGAAUCAAUGAUCAAAGAGUUAUCGAGCACAUUAUCAGGUGUGAAACAUGAACAGGAAUAUAUGCAGGUGAGAGAUAGAAUCCAUCGUGCUAUAAACGAAAGCACGAAUUCGAGGGUAGUUAUGUGGUCAACGUUUGAAGCUUGUGUUUUAGUUGUUAUGACGAUAGGACAAGUUUAUUAUUUGAAAAGAUUCUUUGAAGUGCGUAGAGUAGUAUAG